AUGAACAGAUUGCUAUUAUUGUCAUUUAAGACACCAUCCACACUUGGUACCAAUUCAGAAAUUGGGUCUGGUUUAGAUUGUUCCAAAAGGUCCGACCAACACUUAAGAGAAGAAGAUUUGAUGAGUAAGAAGCUUGCUGAAGAAAUUGCAAAGAGAGAAGCCGCUGAAAAGGCACUCGCUGAGAUGAAAAUCAAGAAGGUCGACUUGGAAGCUUUGGUCCAAAAGCUCAAAGACGAAAUUGAAGAACUUAAAGAAGAUAUUGAGUCGAAGAAGAUAGCACUUGAUGAGGCUGAUAUAAAGUCACGAGAAGACCAAGAACACAUUGAAGAACUCCAAGGUGAUAUUAAGAGAGGAAAGGAAGACUUGAGCAAGUUAACCACUGAUGUCAUCACUGAGUUGAACAAAAACAUUGAAGAUAAGGAAGGCGAAAUUUCUGACUUAAAGAAGAAACUUGAAGCUAAAGAAGACAAUUCAAAGGAUCUUGAGACACAAUUACGCGUGAAGGAAGACAACAUUGCUGAUUUGGAGAAACACGUCAAGAUGUUGCAAAACACAAUUUCUGAUGUCAACGCACAGAAUGAAGACACUGGCUCUACUCAAUUGGCUCUUGACGAUGCUGAGAAGAAACUCGACCAACAAGUUGCUCCGAACAAGAAUGUCUCAGACGAUAGAGAUGGGUAUAACCAACAAUUGCAAGCAGAGAAGACCAAGACCACUGCUUUGACCUCAGCAAGAAUGCAGAUGAUAAGAAUAUUUUUGCUUUGA